AUGGCAUGUUUGAGGCCUACCCUCUCUCAAAUUUCCCUUUCCCAAUCCAAUUUUCCCAGAAAUUCUACAUGGAAUAAUCCUCAACACUGUUUUUUCCACAAAAGGAUGCAAAAUUUCAACACUUCUAAAUCUUCUACCUCUUUCAGGGUCUGCUCUAGUUCUAAAGAUACACAGAACCAAAACAAUGGAGAAGAGCCUCCGGAGUCAUUAUUUAUGAAGGAAUUGAAGAGGAGAGGUAUGAAUCCUACAUCAUUGCUUGAGGAUUACAAGCAACCCAACUAUGGACUUGAUGAAGAGGCUUUUGUGAAUGAAGAAGAUAAAAGUUUCCCGAAGAGAAAAACAGUGUCAACCAAUAUUGAGAGAGGUCUAGAAAAUCAAAGGGAGCGGUCUAUGGCGCUGAACAGUGAAGGUCUUGAGGGCUUGGUGCCUCGAGCUAAACUUCUAUUGACACUCGGGGGAACAUUCUUCUUAGCAUUUGGACCGUUGAUCCUCAUAACCGUGGCACUCUUUUCUGCUCUUUACUUCUAUUUUGGACCGAGUUUUGUUCACGACGGAAGCAAGAUGUCGCUAUCACCUCCACAAUACGUGGACCCUUACGCACUCUUAGAAGAUGAAAGAAUAUCUCAGAUCGCGCCUCGGCUAAAUUAA